AUGUGGUUGCGGGUGAUGUCGCUGAGCUUGGUGCACCCGCCGAGCGCCAUGGUGAGCUCGAACUCCUCCCGCAUCAUGCGCAGCACGUUCCGCACGCCGGCCUCGCCCUCCGCCGCCAGCGCGAACACCACCGGCCGCCCGAUCUGCAAACAAGAAUUUACAGGGGUCGAUCGGUGGCUUACGAAGACACCGGAGGCGCCGAGGGCGAGCGCCUUGAAGACGUCGGUGCCGCGGCGGACGCCUCCGUCGAGGUACACCGGGAUGCGUCCCUGGGCGGCCGUGACGACCUCCUCGAGGGCGCUGAUGGUGGCCGGCACGUAG